AUGUCGACCGCCGUCAAUCCCACUCCUACCUCUGUACCUGCGACCUCGAGAAUCUCGGCGAAUCCUACGAGCCAUGCGCAUCCAGAGUCACCCUACACGAAUGGCCACCUCCACCAUCACCACGAUGUCGGUGCCCAUCAGCAGUCCGGAACGGCAAAUGCGGCGAAGAAGGGCAAGCAGAAGAAAGCGACGGACCCGAAUGAAGCCUCGAAGUUGAUCGCAGCCAAGAUCUCGCAGUUGGAACUGGGAGCCGCCGAAGACAAAGAACAGGAGGCUGAAAUUGAACGGGAGGUCAAGAGAGCGAACCGCGAGCUGAACAACCUCACUUCGAAGAUGGACGACCUGCAGAAGAUCGAUUUUCUGCAAAAACGAGUCACCGAACAUCUUACUGAUGUGAAACGAUGGGAGCGUAAAAGCCGAAAGAACCAGAAGCGUGCGGACGAGCUACAGAAGGAAAAGGACCAAAGGACCAACGAACUGAGCAAGCAAACUAGCAUGAAGCAGAAACUCGAGACGCUUUGCAGAGAGCUUCAGAAGGAUAAUAAUAAGCUCAAGGCCGACUACAAGGUGAUGGUGGAUGCCGAGAAAAGCAACCAUGAAUCUUGGGAUGAGAAGUUCAGGCAGGUACUUUGGCAGCUUCAAGACUAUCAAGAGGCGAAGGAUCAUCCUCAGGCCCAAGUUGUUAAUAUCGAGGUGGAAGAGCUGUUCAAACAACGCUUCAAGUCCUUAAUCGAACAGUACGAGUUACGAGAGCUGCAUUUCCAUUCUCUCAUGCGAGCAAAGGAGCUAGAGGUUCAAUAUAACAUGGCAAGAUACGACCGCGAGAGAAAGGCUGCAGAGGCGGAAGUUACACGAUCCAAAACACUUAAUACACAGGUUCUGACGUUCUCGAAAACCGAAAACGAGCUCAGAAAUCAGCUUAACAUAUACGUCGAGAAGUUCAAGCAGGUGGAAGACACACUCAACAAUAGCAAUGAUCUCUUUCUAACUUUCCGUAAGGAAAUGGAAGAUAUGUCCAAAAAGACAAAGAGACUAGAGAAGGAGAACGUGAACCUUACCCGGAAACAUGACCUGACCAAUCAGAACAUCUUGAAGAUGGCUCAAGAGCGCACCAAAUGCAACGAAGAACUCCAAGCCUUCCGGAAGAAGAAUGAUAAGCUGAGAAGCAUCAUAAACCAGAUGCAGAAGCAAGGAAGGGGUGUGCCCGGUGGUAUGAUCGGAAUGGCAGAAGGGAGUGUGGAGGGAGAAUAUGUUGAAGGCGAUAUGGAGGGAACGGAAAGCGAGUACGAAUAUGAGGACGAGGAGGCCGAGGAUGGUGAUGAAGAGGGAAGUGAGGAGGGAGAAUAUGACGAGGACACCGAGGAGGAGUUGCAUGUUCAAGGACCGAAGCCUUUUGGCCCAGCUCCUCCCCCUACUCAUGUUGCCGCCGAGAAUGGCGUCUUGGCCGCCAAUGGCACUAAGCAUUAA